CAUCCUUCGCUAUUGGCGGGGUGCAGGGUGUGCAAAAUGAAAGUCCAUUCCCUAUAUAAAGGGUGGUUUUCCAGCACGACAACGAUAGAAACCGAUCUAUUUUACUUACGCGCGAGUAUCGUUCACGCCAAAAUAUCACUCAACAUGAGGACUCUGAUCUGCUUGAUGCUGAUCUCUGCGGUAUUUGCCGCUGAAGAAAAAACGGUCCAGAAGCGUGGCGUGUAUGGUUAUGGUGGAUAUGAAAGUGGAUAUGGUGGAUAUGGUGGAUAUGAAGGAUAUGGUUAUGGUGGAUAUGGUGGUGGAUUAGAGUACGACAAGAAGAGCGUCAUCGUUGCCGUCCAGGAGAAGCCUGUCCCCUACGCUGUUCCGCACCCAGUUGCCGUUCCAGUUGAUCGUCCCUAUCCUGUUAAGGUUCCAGUCCCCGUUCCAGCGCCAUAUCCAGUUAUUAAGACGCAAACGGUCACAGUAGAGAAGCCAGUAGAGAAGCCAGUCCCGUAUCCGGUUCCUGUCAAGGUGCCCUAUCCAGUUGUUGAGACGAAAACUAUCACGGUUCCCGUAGAGAAGCCAGUUCCAGUCGAGGUUCCUGUAAAGGUUCCAGUUCCAUAUCCCGCCCCAUACCCAGUUAAGGUUGCAGUACCCCACCCAGUCCCAGUUGCAGUCCCACACCCAGUUCCAUAUGCGGUUCCACAACCGGUCUACGUCAAAGAAACGGUUCCCGUCUAUGUUAAGGGUCACUACUAGAUGAAUUUUUUUCUCUAAAAAAAAGUCAUAUACACACCACUCUGCUCCAUUUCGCGAUCUCUCUUUCCAGCAGCAUAAAAUCCAUCACGAAGAGCGUCCGAGCAAAAGACGUUUUUUUCUAUCGUGUAAUAUCUUGAAUCCUCGAAAUAAAUCAAUUUUGUAAAUGUUUUCAUAAAGAAACUACUACGCCAA